GGUUUUUAAUGAUAGGGCAGCAGCAGCCACAGCAGCAGUGGUAGUAGGAGGUGGUGCUGGAACCGAGCGCACCAUGGAUACACAGGUGUUUCUGAGUAGUAAUUAGAUAGCUGUGACGGAUAAAAUACACCUUGGAGUUUUCACCUGGGAAUAUAAUAGCACUGAGACAGGCAAUCUGAAGGCAAAGAGGAAGAGAUCGGUCAGUCACAUCUUAAAAAAUACUUUAAGAGACACUAAAGUUGAAAGUAUUUUUCCUGUUUUGUUUUUCCCUUGUGUACCACUGCCAUGGUCAGAAAACCUGUUGUGUCCACCAUCUCCAAUGGAGGUUACCUGCAGGGAAAUGCUAAUGGGAAGCUAUCUGCCAUGGGCAGUCAAGAGCCACCUAGACAGGAAAAAGUGGUGUUGAAGAAGAAAAUCACUUUACUGAGGGGAAUCUCCAUCAUCAUUGGCACCAUCAUUGGCGCAGGAAUCUUCAUCUCUCCUAAGGGCGUGCUCCAGAACACAGGCAGUGUGGGCAUGUCUCUGGUUAUCUGGACAGCCUGUGGGGUCCUUUCACUAUUUGGUGCUUUGUCCUAUGCUGAAUUGGGAACAAGUAUAAAGAAAUCUGGGGGUCAUUACACAUAUAUUCUGGAAGUCUUUGGCCCAUUACCAGCUUUUGUACGAGUCUGGGUAGAACUACUCAUAAUACGCCCUGCGGCCACUGCAGUGAUAUCCCUGGCCUUUGGACGGUAUAUUCUGGAACCAUUUUUUAUUCACUGUGAGAUUCCUGAACUUGCAGUCAAGCUCAUUACAGCUGUGGGCAUAACUAUAGUGAUGGUCCUAAAUAGCAUGAGUGUCAGUUGGAGUGCCCGGAUCCAGAUUUUCCUAACCUUUUGCAAGCUUACGGCAAUUCUGAUAAUUAUAGUCCCUGGAGUUAUGCAGCUAAUUAAAGGGCAAACACAGUACUUUAAAGAUGCCUUUAUAGGAAGAGAUGCAAGUAUUAUGAGGUUGCCACUGGCUUUCUAUUAUGGAAUGUAUGCCUAUGCUGGCUGGUUCUACCUCAACUUUGUUACUGAGGAAGUGGAAAAUCCUGAAAAAACCAUCCCCCUUGCAAUAUGCAUAUCAAUGGCCAUUGUCACCAUUGGCUAUGUGCUAACAAAUGUGGCCUACUUUACAACCAUUAGUGCUGAAGAGCUGUUGGUUUCAAAAGCAGUAGCAGUGACCUUUUCCGAGCGUUUACUGGGAAAUUUCUCAUUAGCAGUUCCGAUCUUUGUUGCCCUCUCCUGCUUUGGCUCCAUGAAUGGUGGUGUGUUUGCUGUCUCCAGGUUAUUCUAUGUUGCGUCUCGAGAGGGUCACCUUCCAGAGAUCCUCUCCAUGAUUCAUGUCCGCAAGCACACUCCUCUGCCAGCUGUUAUUGUUUUGCACCCUUUGACGAUGAUAAUGCUCUUCUCUGGGGACCUCUACAGUCUUUUGAAUUUCCUCAGUUUUGCCAGGUGGCUUUUUAUUGGGCUGGCAGUUGCUGGGCUGAUUUAUCUUCGAUACAAAUGCCCAGAUAUGCACCGUCCUUUCAAGGUGCCCCUGUUCAUCCCAGCAUUAUUUUCCUUCACCUGUCUGUUCAUGGUGGCCCUUUCCCUUUAUUCAGAUCCUUUUAGUACUGGGAUAGGCUUCGUCAUCACUCUGACUGGGGUUCCUGCAUACUAUCUUUUUAUUAUAUGGGACAAGAAACCCAAAUGGUUUAGAAGAAUGUCAGGGUUCUCUGUCACUGAUGCCUUCACCAGUAUGUAAUAUGUGAAAUAAAAUGGAUUUUUCUACAGUUAAAUGAUUUCCCUCUGGGGAGAGUUCUGGUGCAGCAAUCACACUGCCAGAUGGUGUUUAUGGGCUAUUUGUGUAAGUGGUAAGAUACUAUGAAAGAAGUGUGCUUUCAUCUGAGGGAAACUUUAUCUAUGUGCUUUUUAAAAAAUAGGAUAACAUUUUGGUGCAAUAUGAUACCACUCAACUUUGUAUUGAAUUGAAUUUUGAUUGUUUUUAUGUAUAUGUAUGUGUCAUGCUUCUAGUUGCUUCAAACUUGUAUAUCUGUUUUUUGUAUAACUUUUUACUUGAAGGUAUUUUAAAUGGGAAUUUGAAAUAAACAUUUGGACAGUUUUCAUA